UAGUGAUUGUGUCUCUGGAAAAUUGUGAAAAUUAGCUUAAGUUGAUGAGUGGAACUUUAUCUGUAUGAUGGUUGCUAGCUGCUACAUGGUGGUCGUGAAUUGUGAUCACGACAGCUAGGGCAGGUCUUUCUCCACCACCAGCAGGCGUUGGGAGUGCACUGCACUCAAAGAAAUGUGACAUGCUUGUGACAGCAAAGUCAAGCUUUUCGGCCAACUUUUGUGUUCAAUAUACUUUUGCCAACUUCAUGUCAUGCAAAUAAAGGCACAAUAAAAAGUGCUUCUUAGGAUUAAUCAUAGGCCUAUCUUGUUAGUUAAUUUUUUUUAUUAAUGGUGGGUUCCACACAUGGUCUGCCAAUUUUGUCAUUGCACAUGCUGCACAAUUGUUGGGUCCAAUAACAAAGUUAUACAUCAUCAUCGUCAUCAUUACUUCUAAAUAUCUCAUCCCUAGAGUUUUCUUUAGAGCUAUAAGGUUGUAAAUUUAAUGACUUUGAUGAAGAGCAGUGCAGAGCCAAUGGCCAUUGAAUUUUGUUCCCUUAUCUUCCAGUGCUGCCCCUUACCUGGCCAAAAGAAUUUGAGCAUCUUUUUUUUUUAUGUUUGAUAAUUAUUAUUUUUCUCUCUUGGUGCACGUAAAAGAGAACAAGACAAACUUAAUUUUAUACUCAUAUUCAAAUCAAAGCUAAAACAUAAAUGGUCUUAUUGAUUUCACAUAACUAAUUAUGAUCCUUUUCCUUUGUUUCUUUCAGGAGAGAUCAUCAUCAAUUGAUAUGGAAUCAUGUGUGCCUCCAGGAUUUAGAUUUCAUCCAACAGAAGAGGAGCUUGUGGGGUACUACCUCAAGAGAAAGAUCAACUCGCUAAAAAUCGACCUAGAUGUUAUUGUUGAGAUUGAUCUCUACAAAAUGGAACCAUGGGACAUACAAGAUAGGUGCAAGCUAGGGUAUGAGCAACAGAAUGAGUGGUACUUUUUCAGCCACAAAGAUAAGAAGUAUCCAACAGGGACAAGAACUAACAGGGCCACUGCUGCUGGAUUCUGGAAAGCAACAGGAAGGGACAAAGCUGUAAUGUCGAAAAAUAGAAUCAUAGGGAUGAGGAAGACCUUGGUCUUCUACAAGGGACGUGCCCCUAAUGGAAGGAAAACAGACUGGAUUAUGCAUGAAUAUAGGCAUCAAACCUCUGAACAUGGCCCUCCACAGGAAGAAGGAUGGGUGGUGUGUCGAGCAUUUCGAAAGCCUAGUCCAAGUCAAAGGCAAGGUUAUGAACCAUGGUGCAGCAGUAGCAGUAGUCAACAACAACACUUCUUCAGAGAUCAAAGCUACGCAAGACCCUUAUCCAUUGCUGACAUUUUGAACGAAACAAAUGUGGUUCAGGUUCUUCCUUCUGAAGGUGCAAGUUUUAGUCACCCCUUCAGCUCGGAUCAGCAACACUUGAUGAAUUUGUCAAACCAAGCUGUUAUGGACAACAAAUUACAACUCAUUGAUCUUCCACAGCUAGAUAGUCCAACUGAAAUCAAAGAAUGUAACAACCCUAAUAAUGCCCUAACAAAUGAGGAAUAUUGCAGUGAUGAAAUUGAAAGGAGCAAUAACAGUACUGGACAAGGUGGCAUUGAUUGGAAGAGCUUGGACAACUUGUUUGGGUCACAAUUGAGUGAUGCAGCUUAUUUUUCACAUCCAAACUUGCCCUUGAUGAUGCCACAUAACCAUGAGCUACAACCUCAAAAUCAAGCUAGUCAUAUCCUAGGAUGCUUCCCUGCUGAUUCAUAACUUGUGUGUCAUGUCACCAUCGAUGAUCCAUAGCCGAUUAAUGAAUAAAGUCUAAGUAAGAUAAUGGAUAUUCUUCGUUAUAUCAUAGUUUUCCAUUUAUCUUACUACCAUAAGCUAAUUUAGAAGUUGCAGCUGGAGAUUGAACCAAAGCCUUUUAGGUGAUGAUGAUAUAUAUUAUAUAGUAUAUUUUUUCGUGAUAAAAGGAGAUUCGCUUGAAGAGUGAAUCUCUCCUUUGUUUAGAUUUCAGAAGAUCAUUUUCUUUUUCUUUUUUGGGUACUAUAUGUUUAACUUUUUACUGUCCUUCCUUUGUUAUGUCACUUAUAAAUGUACAUUCUCUUUAUUGCAUGUAGUGUGGCUUUUCUUUGCUUUAAUCUAUUCCUAUAAGACGUCAUCAUCUGUAUUUUGUGA